AUGACAUUCGAUAUAAAAACCACAAAGAAACACAGCAACGCUGAUGCACUAUCAAGACUUCUGGUACCAAUUGGAAAUGAAGAAUUGAAUGAAGAAUCAUAUGAUGUAACUGAACUGUACAUGAUUCAGCAACUCGACAGCCUACCUGUUAGUAGUAAAGAAAUUCAGAGAGAAACUGUGAAGGACACUACUCUGAAAGUGGUAUAUGACAUGAAUGCAUCAGGAUGGCCAGCAUCUGCAAAUAACCUGAAUGAAGCCCUAAAGGCAUACUUCACCCGCAGGAAUGAAAUCUCCAUUUAUCAGGGAUGUUUAUUUUGGGGAAUUCGUGUUAUCAUUCCUCAGAACAUUCGUUCCCGUGUCUUAGAGGAACUUCACGAGGGACACUCUGGGAUCGUUAAGAUGAAAACUGUUGCAUGCAUUCUAGUAUGGUGGCCUGGUAUUGACAAAGACCUAGAAACUCUUGUAAAAAGCUGUAAAGGGUGUCAAGACAACCGACCCAUGCCACCAGAAGCACCUAUUCACCCAUGGGAAUGGCCCCAACGAGCAUGGCAAAGGAUACAUGUAGACUUUGCUGGUCCAUUCCAAGGAAGUAUGUUCUUAGUUGCAGUUGACGCAUUCUCGAAAUGGCCUGAAGUAGUCCAGAUGUCAACGACAACAGCGGACCGCACAGUGGAUGUACUGCGUAGAAUAAUUUCAAGAAAUGGUCUACCAGACUCACUUGUCUCAGACAACGGACCACAGUUUGUGUUUGAAACCUUCCAAGACUUUAUGAAGUACAACGGAUUCGUCAUGUGA